AGGUUUAUGAAUCACAGGGUCCCACCCAACCGAAGGUACCAACCAACCGAGUAUGAACAUGCAGCCAACUGUGCCACCCAUGCGUUUUGGAUCGUCCCAAGCAUCCUAGGCAGUUCAGUUCUCUACAUCCUGUCUGACAAUCAGUGGGAGACAAUUUCUGCAUGGAUCUAUGGCUCUGGGUUGUCAGGACUCUUCAUUGUAUCCACCACUUUUCAUACCAUCUCUUGGAAGAAACGGCAUUUAAGGACUGUAGAGCACUGCCUACACAUGUUCGACCGAAUGGUAAUUUAUUUCUUCAUUGCAGCUUCCUACGCUCCUUGGCUCAACCUGCGGGAGUUGGGUCCUUGGGCAUCCCACAUGCGCUGGAUCAUCUGGAUCAUGGCCUCGGUUGGGACGGUCUACGUCUUCUUUUUCCAUGAACGGUACAAGCUGGUGGAACUGCUUUGUUACCUGGCAAUGGGCUUUUUCCCUGCUGUGGUCAUUCUCUCCAUGCCCAACACUGAAGGUCUGCUGGAGCUGGUGGCUGGUGGCAUUUUCUACUGCUUGGGCACCAUCUUCUUCAAGAGCGAUGGACGCAUCCCCUUCGCCCACGCCAUCUGGCAUCUCUUUGUGGCUUUUGGAGCUGGUACCCAUUAUUAUGCUAUUUGGAGGUACCUCUAUCGGCCCGAUGCGGUUGAGUCUAAAACUUCCAGAUAGACAGUUGCCUUAAGGAUUCAAAGAUGCAGGGUUCAGGGAGAGGAGAUCCUUCCUUCCCUCUUUUUGUCUCUUCUGGAAGGUUGAUCCUGCUCUUCCACAUUCUUCAGGACUUCCAAGGGGAGAUGGUGGUUCUUACAAUGGACUUCUUGCCCAAUCUUGCCCAGGCCCAAAAUGUUGAAGGUGCAAAGU